AAGAAAGAAAAUGUGGAUGCUGAGGUCCAAAAUGGAGGAGAAAUUUAAUCUAAUGAAGCAGAUUAAUAAGAUCUUUAAUUAUGGCUCAUUUUUACGCACGGGCCUAUAGUUGUAAAAAUGAAAGCGCACUGGCAGGAAUCCAUAUGGAAAUCUAUAGCUUAGACUCCCACUGUUUGGGUUUGUGACUUUGGGUAUAUGUUCGGAUCGAUCCACGACAUGUAGGAUGUUUACAGUGUCUAAAUCCGGUGAUGGCACACUUUGAAACCCACUCUGAGAAAAAUGUCAUUCGUGGACAUUUACUGUGUUUCCAUGUUUUGUCAGUUUAUUGGAUUUACGCGUCUCCUCUCCCUCCUCUCUCUCUCUCUAUCUCUCUCUCUCUCUCUCGCCCCCUCUGUUUCCCGUCGUGCCCUUCAACUUUUGACAUCCAACGCUACCUGGAUUGAAAAAAAAGAAAAAAGAUCAAAUAUUACCCACGAGUCACAAAAACAGCCAUGCGUGCCCCUCGCGCUGGUGUGUUAUUUGUGUGUGUGUGUUUUCUUUUCCAGGAGAAUUUACAGGGGGGCAGACCUGAUCCGUGGAGUAGCCUCUUAUAACAGCAGCAAGCUGUAAAUAGAUCAUAUCGGACACUAAUUAGAUUUAGAGAUUCCUGUGUCUGGACCUUGAUUCAGAGAAACAAAAGACAAUGAGCAUCAGAUGGGAAUUUCGGUGGAAGAUUGCGAUCUGAGCUCCGGUGCCUGCGCGAAGGACGUCCUCGAGCUUAAUGGGAGAUUUAUUGAUGAUUUUGUCGAUGAUUUGCACGUUCAAUCUCGGAGCAAAUGAAAGGAGCCACAAUGUUGACGAGGCUUUUCAGUGAUCCCUCGCUGCUUCCCGACGUGCAGAAAUACUCCGGCUGGGCGGAGGACAGCGAAGACGAGGACAACAAGAUCAAAGACGAGGAUCAGGACCCCCAGGACGACAUGGACGCGUCUGACCUGAGAGGAGGCAGCCGGACGCACUCCGAACACGCCGGGGAAGACGACGACGAUGACGAGGUGGAAGAGGAAGACGACGGAGAGGAUACAGAAGGGGACAGGCCCAAGAAAAGGGGCCCCAAGAAGCGCAAAAUGACCCAGGCCCGGAUCGAGCGCUCCAAGAUGCGGCGAAUAAAGGCGAACGCAAGGGAGCGGACCCGCAUGCACGACCUGAACUCUGCGCUCGACAAUCUGCGUAAAGUGGUGCCAUGUUACUCCAAAACGCAAAAACUGUCCAAAAUCGAGACGCUGCGAUUGGCCAAAAACUAUAUCUGGGCCCUGUCGGAGAUAUUGCGCUCUGGGAAAAGGCCUGACCUUGUGUCCUACGUCCAGACCUUGUGUAAGGGACUCUCCCAGCCCACGACCAACCUGGUGGCUGGAUGCCUGCAGCUGAACUCCCGUAACUUCUUAACUGAGCAGCAGUGUCAGGACGGGGGCAGGUACGGCUCCGGCUCCUUCUCCAUGCAUUCCUACCCCUACCAGUGCGCGCGUCUCUCCAGUCCCCACUGCCAACCGGGCUCGAACUCGCACCCGCUGAGGACGCACGGCUACUGUUCGGCUUAUGACUCCCUGUAUGGCGGGAGCGGAUCCCCGGAGUAUAACAGCCCCGAAUACGAGGGGCCCCUCAGCCCACCCCUGUGCAUCAAUGGCAACUUUUCCCUGAAGCACCAAGGCUCUGCGUCCCCCGACAACGAAAAGGGGUACCACUACUCUAUGCAUUAUUCCGGCCUGCCUGGCUCCAGACCCACCGGGGCGCACAACCUGGUGUUUGGCUCUUCAGGGGCCCGGAGCGGCAUUCACUCUGAAAACGUCCUGCCUUACCACGACAUGCACUUACACCAUGAACGGGCCCCCAUGUAUGAUGAACUGAACGCGUUUUUUCACAAUUAAAAAAAAAAAGAAAAGAAAAGAAAAAGCCUGUAGUGCGUCCCCUUGCAAUCAACAACCAAUCCACGGCACACUUUUUGACAAGCUUACCCGUCAGGACGGAGGCAUCCUGGAGAAACGUUUCACUCGUUGUCAUUAGCCAUUAAAUUUACUCAGUUGAUAUUUUUUUUUGGUUUGCUAUAGUCAGGGAUGUAGUGGAGGACAAUCCACCUGUCUUAUUUUUGCGCAAUAGAAUCUAUCCAGCGUUUUAGGCUGAAAUCAAUAAGAGAAAAUGUGAUGAACAAAUCAUAUCAUGACCUAUGAGGAAAAGGGAAUUUCCAACUAUAAAUGUUUUCUAAAAAUCCUAUUUGUGUUUUUAUGUGUGGUUGUUUGCAUUUUGAUGCCUGGAAGUCAAAGUUUACCCACUUCAUUUACCACUACAUCGCUGCCUACAGCUGACAUCAGUGGUUUUAUGAAUUUAGGAAUCAAAUACACAUCACAUUUUCUCGCCUUUACGCGCGAGAUUUGGGGUUGGGGGGGGGGUGAUUUUCAGAAGGGAUGAAAUCUUAAGAGGAAAACCAGGAAAUGAUAAACUGAAAAAAGAGAGAGAGAGAGAGGUAGAAAAAAAAUGUGCUUGGGUUGUUCGAAAAGAAUCUGUUCUCCAGCAAAUCAAUCGUUUCGCAUCUAUGCAAAACUCAACCAGACCACAGUGCGAGGCAACAAGGCCCAGAAAGACUGUCACUGUAUGUUUCAUCAGCACUGUCACACACACGCACACACAUACACACACACACAUACAUGGACACACACUGGCUGGGCUGGCCAAAAUGUUUUAACUUUUGAAAGAAGCAAAAUACAACAAAUCAGAUUUGUUUUUCUUAUUUAUUUUUUUUUUUUAACUCUUAUUUAUUCAUAUUAGUCCUAUUCUUUAAAGUGAGCCAUUGCACUGUUUUUUUUUUCUUUUUAAAUUAAACUUUUGUAUUUUCCUUCUGAUUUGCAAUCUGCCAUGUUAAAUGAGUUAUAUUAUUAUUAUUAUUAUUAUUAUUAUUAUUAUUAUUAUUAUUAUUAUUAUUAUUAUUGCACGUAUUUAUUGUGUUGUUUUUGUAAUUAAUGUUAAUAGUCUAUGGAACUGAAGGGAUCCCAUGUGUUGCUGAGCAUUUUUUCAUAAAAUUCAAGUCUUUCAACUUUGUAUUCAACCAACUGUGUGGUAAAAAUAAAAUGACAAUAAAUGAGA